AUGGCGCUAUCAGGCGACAAUCUUGCGAGUCUCCUCGCCGCGCCCGCCCUAGAUCAUCCGGAAGGUAUCGUGCCCAACUUCGACAAUCCUCCCAACAAGAAUGGGCUCGCUUGGUUUGUUACCACGUUUUGCAUGGCUAUCGCAACCCUUUGCCUCCUAAUUCGCGCUUACGCUCGCAUUAUAAUGCUAAAGCAGCCUGGAAUUGAAGAAGGUAUCGUAGUUGGCAUUGUCCUCGUGCUAUGGUUCGAAGCCCUGCUGACAUUUUUUCCAACAGUUCUUAUGCUCUUCGCUUAUGGGGCCUAUUGGGGGACAGCUUAUGCUGGUUAUGCCAUGAUAUUUACACCGGGAUACUACGUCCACACUUGGGAUCUGACCAAUGGCGAUUUGGUCAGGCCUCUUUAUGUUGGUUACCUCGACAAUUGCUCCGGGUACUUGUCUAACAUCCUCCAGUUGAUCCUUGUAUACGGAAGCAGCUAUUCAGCUGUCAUGCCUUUGCUGAAGUCUGCGAUAUUAUUAGACUGGUGCCGCGUGCUGGUCCCGGAUAGAACAAGGAAUACGUUUUGGUGGGGUUGCAUGGCUAUCAUAACGCUUCAAGUCGUCUGGGGAAUCACCUGUAUAGUUCUAUUGAACAUGCAGUGUGUCCCUCAUGCUGCCAUCUACGAGUUCUAUCUGGAGUCCAAGUGCUAUUCCCUGUCCAGCGUCAUGCUCACCUCGGCAAGUGUCCAGGUGUUUACGGACUUUACCAUGGUAUUGCUUCCCCAAAGGAUCAUAUGGGGUCUAAAUAUGAAUUGGCACAGGAAGAUAGGGAUUUCUCUCAUAUUCGGAGUCGGCAUUCUUGCCUGUGUCGGGGCAAGUGUGCGCCUGUCAACGACGGUGACGUUUGCCCACGAGUCCGAUACCAUGUAUUACAUCGGGCCCCUUCUGUUCUGGGCCUGCGCAGAGAUGACCUGCGGGUUCUUCAUUCUCUGUGUUCCCUGUCUACCUAAAGUUCUCAGUGAAUCUGGCAUUUCAAGGACCAUCAGCAGUGCCUUCAAACUGAGCAAUAAGGCUUCUACCGGGCCCUCGGAGUCUGAUCCGAAACAUGGGACACCUGGCUCGUCACGCGAUAGGUUUAAAUCUGUGAAGAUUCUGGGCAGAUACCGUCAGAUGGAUGACGAUGGGAUACCUCUGGGCAACACCCAGGCCUCGGAGUCUGACGAAGAUUAUCUGCAGCAUGGCCAUGAUGUUGUGGAUAGGAGUGGCGAAAUAGGAGUCACGCGUACCACACAUAUCACUGUCAGUUCAAGUUUCGCUACUGGUGCAAACGAUAGCGAGAGUAGCAUACCCUGGAAGGGGUAG